AUUCCCCGUUCAACACCCGCAAUUCCCCGUUCCACCAUCACUGGUCGCUAGUAUGGCGGCUCACCACCUCCUCCUGUUCGUGGCCAUCGUCACCGUCGCGUUAUUCGCUUCCCCCGCCGCAGGAGAAUACCCGUGGCUAAUUUGCAGCUCCAGCACCUACACGGCCAACAGCAGGUACGAGAAGAACAUCUACCGCAUCGGUGCCAUCCUCCCCAAGAAGGCCUCCCAGUCACCGGACCUCUUCGCAACCGCCCAGGUCGGCGCCGUUCCGCAGCAAGUCUGGGCUCUCGCGCUCUGCCGCGGCGACGCCAACGCCUCCUACUGCUUCACUUGCCUCGACCAGGCCUUCCGGGUCCUGCCGGACUCGUGCCCCUACAGGAGGUCCGCCACCGUCUUCUACGACUCCUGCGUGGCCCAGUACUCCAACAUCCAUUCCCGCGCCACCGACGACACAACAUACAACCCGACACGUCCGACCCUCUUCAACAUUAACGCCACGGUCGAGCCGGCCAGGUUCCAGCGCGUCGUGGCGGCGCUCAUCAACGCCACCGUGAACUACGCCGUGUACAACUCCACGCGGCUGUACGCGUCCGGGGAGGCCGACUUGGACCAGGAGUUCCCCAAGGUGUACGCCUGGGCGCAGUGCACGCCGGACCUUACGCCGGAGCGGUGCCGGGACUGCCUCGUCCAGAACAUGGAGUAUCUGCCGACGAUGUUCACCAGCUCUAUUGGAGCCAGGCUUCUUGGGGUGAGGUGCAGCUACCGGUACGAGACUGUGCCCUUCUUUGAUGGCCCGGUCAUGGUGCGGCUGCCAGGAACGGCAGCCAGCUCCCGAGCACCGGCGUCUGCGCCGGCUGUGACGCCAGCGACGGCGGCCGGAGAAGGGAGAAAGUACAGUGCUUCUGCUUUUGUUCUUAUAGUUGCUCUUCCUACUAUAGCUGUCAUAAACCUUGUCGCUUGCUUCCUUCUCUGGAGAAGGCGGCGGACACUAGAACAAGAAAAACAGCCAAGUUACUAUACCGAAGCCGAGGACAUCGACAGUGUAGAGUACAUGCUGAUUGGUAUCUCAACACUCCGUUCUGCAACUGGGGAUUUUGCGGAAAUCAACAAGCUCGGCGAAGGCGGAUUUGGUGCAGUGUACAAGGGUACUCUGCCGAACGGCGAAGAAAUAGCAGUGAAGAGACUGUCAAGGAGCUCAACUCAAGGAGUGGAGGAGCUGAAGAACGAGCUCGCCUUGGUUGCCAAGCUUAAGCACAAGAACCUCGUCAGGCUUGUCGGUGUCUGCUUGGAGCAGCAGGAGCGGCUGCUCGUCUACGAGUUGGUCUCAAACCUGAGCCUCGAUAAGAUCCUAUUCGACACCGAGAAACGCGAACAGCUUGACUGGGGAAAGAGGUUCAAGAUUAUAAAAGGAAUUGCUCGAGGUUUGCAGUACCUCCACGAGGACUCCCAGCUCAAAGUAGUACACCGCGAUCUGAAAGCUAGCAACGUCUUGCUUGACACCAACAUGAAUCCCAAGAUCUCAGACUUUGGCCUCGCCAAGCUCUUCAGGAGAGAUCAGACGCAGGACGUCACAAACCAUAUCGUCGGAACAUAUGGAUACAUGGCGCCAGAGUACGUCAUGCGCGGAAACUACUCGGUGAAAUCAGACGCGUACAGCUUCGGGGUCAUGGUUCUGGAGAUCGUGACCGGGAGGAAGAACAACUGCUACGAUACCCAACAAUCCGAAGAUCUCUUGACUGCGAUAUGGGAGCACUGGACGGCCGGGACGGUGUUGAGUAUGAUGGACCUGUGCAUGAGAAGCAGCUUCUCGGAAAGCGAAGUGUUGAGAUGCAUCCACGUAGGGCUUCUGUGCGUCCAGGGUAACCCGACGGACCGCCCGUUGAUGUCAUCUGUAGUCAUGAUGCUCGGGAGUGAAACCGUCUCCCUCAGUACUCCGUCCAAGCCAACGUUCUAUGGAAGGGACAAUGCUGGUGCCAACUCGGGCACCGUGUUCGGGUCAAAUUUUUCUGUGCAUGAUGGCCCUCGAUAGUCCAUUUAACAAAUUCAGCUGAGACUACUCAUAGUGGGAGUAAGGCUAGUCAUAGUGGGGAGUAAGUUAGACUAGUAACAUGACAUAUGUUACUAGUCUAAGUUACUACUUUCAUAGUGGGUAGUAAGUAAUAUGUGGUGUCAUGCAUUGUGUUAUUUACUAUGGUGUAGACUCAACUUGUCUUGGGGUGUGUGAUGUUAUGGUAACAUAGCUAGUUACCACCUCACUCUCUUUCUUCAUUCAUUGCUAUGCCAUGUCAUCAAAAUGCCUUGGGUUGUGUGAUGUUACUAGCUAAGUUACUCCCACUAUGAGCAGUCUAACAUAGCUAGUAACAUCACACACCCCAAUGCAUUUUGGUGGCAUGGCAUGAUAAUAAAUGAAGAAAGAGAGUGAGGUGGUAACUAGCUAUGUUACCAUAACAUCACACUUCUCAAUACAAGUUGAGUCUACAAUUUAAUAAAUAUAACAUGCAUGAUACCACAUAUAAGUAACUAUCCACUAUGGAGGUAGUAACAUAGGGUAGUAACAUGCACCAUGUUACUACUCUAUGUUAUUCCCCACUAUGACUAGUCUGAUGCCCGCUUAUUUGAUAUCGCUCCCUUCUUGAAUGCAAGGUCACUGUAUGAAAAAUAUAUAUUCAAAGACUACUACUCAAGAUAUUGAAUUAAUAUAUCGAUGCAUGCAAUAUUCACAUUAAUAAGCACCAUUAAAACAUCAAUCCUAAUCCACUAGGUAAAGUAGAAUAUUGAGUUAUUGAAAA